UGUAAAGGCUGCAACAUCCACAACAAGAGCAAAGCGGAACGUUUCAGUGCAACUGACUGGUGGCACAGUGGAUAAGGCGUCAGGUCACACAUCAACUGCUGAGUUGUCUCACUUGAGUUUCUCCAGUCUGUCCCCUUACGGUAUAUCUAAUCGCACCUUUAAACUACACUGAGCAGAGUGGCUUUUCAGAAGACCCUUCAUGAGAGGCCAGCCGCUUUGGGUUGUUACAGAUUUGUAGAACUGCACAUUACAACGACAGCAGUUGGCAGGGUGUGUGGGACAGGGCCAUGGAGGCACCUGAGGGGGAAGGCCGUACGUUCAUGCAGGUGAUCAGUGAGAAAUACAGCCCUGAGAACUUCCCUUACCGCCGGGGGCCUGGCAUGGGGGUGGUUGUACCGUCUGGCCAUCAGGGGUCUCCUAUGAAAGACCGACUGAAUCUGCCCAGUAUUCUGGUCCUGAAUGGUUGUGGAAUUAGCCAUGCAGGGGAUGAAGGAGAGAUCGCAGCUUUUUGUGCUCAUGUGGUUGAACUGGAUUUAUCUCAUAACAAACUCCAAGACUGGCAUGAGAUCAGUAAGAUUGUUAUGAACAUUCCAAACCUGGACUUCCUGAACCUUAGCUCAAAUCCGCUGAGUGACGCAGCGCUGGAGUUGGACUGCGCUGAAGCUUUAUCUAGAGUGCGCCGCCUCGUCCUAAACAACACUCAGAUUUCUUGGGACGUUGUUCACGCUUUCACACGCGAGAUGCCUGAAUUGGAGGAGCUGUUCCUGUGCCUUAAUGAGUACAGCACUGUGAUGGUAUCUGCCACUCCAUGUCCUUCACUGCGACUGCUGCACAUUACAGACAACAAUCUGCAGGACUGGAACGAGGUGCGCAAGUUCGGCACCAUGUUCCCCUCUCUCGACACGCUCGUCUUGGCUAACAACAACCUGAACAACAUUCUUGACUCUGAGGACAAUCUUCGCCGACUCUUUCCUAACUUGCGUAGCAUCAAUCUGCACAACUCGGGUCUCAGUCAAUGGGAAGAUAUAGAGAAGUUAAAUUUUCUGCCCAAGCUGGAGGAGGUGAGAUUGCAGGGCAUUCCUCUGCUGCAGACCUACACCAACACAGAGAGGCGCAGUCUCAUGAUAGCUCAGUUGCCUUCAGUGAGUUGCCUCAAUGGAAGCAUUGUUACAGACGAAGAACGUGAGGAUGCGGAGAGGUUCUUCAUCCGUUACUAUCGGGAUUACUCUGAAGAGGAGCUGCCUGACAGAUACCACUAUUUAGUGACCAGGUAUGGGAAGUUGGCACCACUGGCUGAGAUCGACCUGCGACCACGCUGCCACGCUAAAGUGGAAGUGCACUGUGAGGAUCGGGUAGAGCAGGUGAACAUCAGGCUGGACCAGACCGUGGCUGAGCUGAAAAAGCAGCUGAAAACAGUGGUGCGACUCUCCGCCAGUAACAUGCGUCUCUACUACAUUGACAAGGACAUGCACUCGGCCUUUGGGCCUGAAGAGAUGAAGUACAGCACAAGGGCCUUGCAUUCCUAUAGCAUUCGGGAUGGAGAUGAGAUCCUGGUGGUGCCCAAGACCAAAUGACUGAUUGGCACAAGGACCAAGACAACUGUGCUGGAAUAAUUUAUGUCCAUACUAACAUAGACUCCACAAUGUGUGUGAGACAUGAUACCAGAUUUUUUUUUUUUUUUUUAAAUCGAGGCUUUUCAGACUGCCUUGGAUUUCACAGACAUUACAUUGUGUUUAAAAGGGCAUCUUGCAGCUCACAUGGCUGUUCAGUGUGUGCGCCACUGCGCUUGUUGCCAUGCCAUACAUAUGGCUUUCUUCAUUUAUAUUGCCUUUUACCAUGAAUGAGGUUUGCUGUUAACUGUUAGUUUCUUUAAAAGGGAAGCACAAAAGAGCUUUGCCAGUUCAAAAAGUGCAUCCUUUGAAACUUGACAAUCAUCUGCCACCAGUUAUAUUGUAGUUUGCUGCAGGAGGGAGAAAAGGCAUCACAACCUGUGAUUGUCCUGAAGGCAAACUGUUGGGUUUGUAGAAGGUAUAGGUGUACUCAAAAUCUCAGGCCACAACGUUUAACAGUAAUUAGUAAUCUGACAGUAUAAUAAGGAGGGAUAUCCGAAAGAGAAGGGAUCUCC